UUAGGGGCCAGAGCCAAUAAACUAGACCCAAAGGAAGAAAUGAGCAUGUAAGUGAUGUUGCUAGUCCAAGUAUUAUAUUCUUACGCUAUUUAUUCAGUGCGCUUUAAUCCUCUCACACACUGUUUCUUCUGCUUUCACUCGCGAGAUGGACAUCGACUCCUCACACACCCCCAAUUGGCUCUAUGAUUAUGGCUUUGACGUCCCUGUCGCCGGAGCUGAUUUGCCGGUCGUCUCUUCUGGCGGUUUCAACUGGGUGUCUCCUACUUUUCACGGUUCUUCCGAUACGAGCUUGGACCUGGAUUACUCACUGGAGAAUUCGACUUUCCUGGAAAGUGGCCCUUCAAAGCGGUUGAAGUCUGAAUCAUGUGCAUCUGGCUCCAAGGCAUGCCGUGAGAAACUUAGGAGGGAUAGACUGAAUGAGAGGUUCCUGGAAUUGAGUUCUAUCUUGGAGCCUGGUAAGCUGCCCAAGAUGGAUAAGACUGCUAUAUUAAGUGAUGCAGUUCGAAUGUUAACAGAAUUACGAACUGAAGCCCAGAAGCUGAAGGAAACAAACGAUGAAUUGCUUGAAAAAAUCAAGGAACUGAAGGCAGAGAAGAACGAGCUUCGUGAUGAAAAGAACAGGCUGAAGAUGGAUAAAGAAAAGCUGGAGCAACGGGUCAAAGGGAUGAAUGCACAGCCAACCUAUCUUUCUCAUCCUUCUGCUGCAUUUAGUGCUCAAGGACAAACUGCCAGCCACAAGCUGAUACCAUUUGUUGGUUAUCCUGGAAUCGGCAUGUGGCAGUUUUUGCCACCUGCUGCGGUUGAUACAUCUCGGGAUCAUCUGCUUCGCCCUCCUGUCGCUUAAAGUGGUUUGUUAGUUUCCAUCACAUUUGUGUCUGUGCACUUCACUAUAUCAUGUCUGUGUCCAAGUUGUCAACUAUGUCCAAGUGCGUUUCCUAAAGUUAGACGAUGAUAUUGGUGGAAAGUCUACUGUGGAAACUGAUUACAUCCACGCUUGUCCGAUCUAAACUAUAUAAUAAGGGAGUGUUUUAUGUCUUGGCUGUCA